AUGGUGUUAGGGGUCCGGGUCCACGGCCCAGAUGUGGUGAAUGCGGAGGUGAAGCUGGAUGAGACCUUUCGGCCCGUGCCGAUUCCAGCAAAGCUGGGGAUCCCCGUGCUCUUCAAGGCCCAGCCGGGCACUGGUGGGGACGACUCCCACAUCCGCAGCAGCGCCAUCGUGCGGUUCAUGGCGGACACCGACGGCCUGGCGCCCAUGGAGUGGCAGUACGGGGGCGACCGAGGGCCCGCCCCCCCAGUGGUGCUGGCGCGGAAGGACCGGCUGCCGCUCUCCAGCCAGGACUUCCGCCUCAUCUGCAAGUACAUGAGCUACUGGAUGGAGGAAGCCGAGGAGGCAGAGGAGCACAUGACGGAGGUGUCCAACCGCAUCUUAGAGCCCAACGCCUUCCAGGCGUACGUGCGCGAACAUGCGGAGGACCGGAGUGCUCAGGAGCAUCCUUUGGCCUUCCUCUCGUUGCAGUUCCCGCUGCGGAGCACAGUUUUAGCCGAUGGGCUGGAGGCUUCAGAUUUGAACGGGCAGCAGGGCGAGGUGGUGGACUUCACGCGGGACCGGGUGGGGGUGGAGUUCCCCGAUGCCAAGCGCUGCGCCCUGCGGCCCUGCAAGCUGAAGCUGCAGCGGGAGCCGCCGAGCGAGCGGGAGCCCAAGGCCAAGCGUCCGGCGCUGGACAAAGAGGAGCGGAAGAAGGAACUGGAGAGACAGGAGGCGCUGCAGAUCGCGAAGCGAUUCCACGAAUGCCUCUUUGAGGACACCUUCCCGGAGAUGGGGGAUCUGCAUUUGUUCGGGGUGGGUUGCGAUUACAAGGCCAGGGCCACCGAGGUGCUUGCGGUUUGGCAGGGCUUGGUGAAGCACAUGGAUUUCACCGCCGAGCAGAUCGCGGAGGCCCUGAUCCAGGGCAACAUGAAGGAGCGCUUCACCGAGUGGACGCAGAAGUUGGCGGAGUCUCGUACACCCAACUCCACCUAUGCCACAAACCUGAUCGCUGCACAUUUUGCGGCAACAGAGUGGGAUGAGCUUUGA